CAAGGCUGUGGUCAUGUGUGCUCGCUGGCUCCUGCUUUUGGCCUUGGCCUCUGUGGCCUGCUGUCAGACUGUGGAGGACAGAGCAAGGGAAUUCCUCAACAAAUUUGAUGAAGAGGCAUCUGACAUCAUGUACCAGUACACCCUUGCAUCCUGGGCCUACAACACAGAUAUCUCCCAGGAAAAUGCAGAUAAAGAGGCAGAGGCAUAUGCAAUCUGGAGCGAGUACUACAACAAGAUGUCAGAAGAGUCUAAUGCCUACCCCAUAGACCAAAUAUCGGAUCCAAUCAUUAAAAUGCAGCUCCAGAAGCUUCAAGAUAAAGGAUCUGGGGCCCUUUCACCUGACAAAGCUAGUGAACUGAGAAAUAUCAUGUCAGAGAUGAGCACUAUUUACAACACGGCGACUGUGUGCAAAAUAGACGACCCCACCGAUUGUCAGACUUUGGAGCCAGGCCUAGAGAGUAUCAUGGCAGAGAGCAGAGACUAUGAUGAGCGUCUGCAUGUAUGGGAAGGCUGGAGAGUGGCCACAGGGAUGAAGAUGAGACCCUUGUAUGAAAAAUACGUCGACCUGAAGAAUGAAGCUGCCAAGCUCAACAACUACGAAGACCAUGGAGAUUAUUGGAGGGGAGAUUAUGAAACUAUUGAUGAUCCCAAAUACAGUUACUCCCGAGACCAAGUUAUAGAAGACGCCAGGCGCAUUUACAAAGAGAUCUUACCACUGUACAAAGAGCUUCAUGCUUACGUGAGAGCAAAACUGCAAGACGUCUAUCCUGGUCACAUUGGCUCUGAUGCCUGUCUUCCAGCACAUUUGCUUGGUGAUAUGUGGGGACGGUUUUGGACCAACUUGUAUCCUCUCAUGAUCCCAUAUCCAGACAGGCCUGAUAUUGAUGUGAGCUCCGCAAUGGUGGAGCAGGGUUGGGAUGAAAUCCGUCUGUUUAAAGAGGCAGAAAAAUUCUUCAUGUCUGUAAACAUGCCUGCAAUGUUUGACAACUUCUGGAACAACUCAAUGUUUAUUAAACCUGAAGAAAGAGAUGUGGUUUGCCAUCCUACCGCAUGGGAUAUGGGAAACAGAAAGGACUUCAGAAUCAAAAUGUGCACUAAAGUGAACAUGGAUGAUUUCUUAACUGUCCACCAUGAGAUGGGGCACAACCAGUACCAAAUGGCUUACCGAAACCACCCAUACCUGCUGAGAGAUGGUGCCAAUGAGGGCUUCCAUGAGGCUGUUGGAGAGAUCAUGUCGCUUUCUGCUGCCACUCCGUCUCACCUGCAGUCACUGGGGCUUCUGCCUUCCGACUUCAAACAGGAUUAUGAGACAGAUAUUAACUUCCUGUUGAAGCAGGCUCUCACCAUAGUGGGCACUCUGCCCUUCACCUACAUGCUGGAGGAAUGGAGGUGGCAAGUCUUCAAAGCAAAAAUCCCCAAAGAUGAGUGGAUGCAGCAGUGGUGGCAGAUGAAGAGAGAACUUGUUGGAGUGGCCGAGGCUGUUCCCAGAGAUGAGACGUACUGUGACCCUCCAGCACUUUUCCACGUUUCUGGAGAUUACUCUUUCAUUAGGUACUUCACUAGAACCAUAUAUCAGUUCCAGUUUCAAGAGGCAUUAUGUAAGGCAGCUGGCCACACCGGUCCCCUUUACAAAUGUGACAUUACAAACUCAACCAAAGCUGGUGACAAACUCAGGCAUAUGCUUGAGUUAGGCCGAUCCAUGUCUUGGACUCGUGCUUUGGAAGAAGUUGCAGGAACCACAAAGAUGGACUCACAGCCACUGCUACAUUACUUCAGUACUCUCAUGGAGUGGUUGAAGGAGGAAAACCAGAAGAACAACAGAGUUCCUGGCUGGAACGUCAAUGUUAACCCUGGUGUACUUACAUCAUCUUUUAUAAAUGAUGCAGAAAUUUCAGAAAAUGCCUUCAAAGUCAGAAUAAGCCUUAAAUCUGCCCUGGGAAAUGAAGCAUACACCUGGAACGCAAAUGACAUUUAUCUCUUUAAGUCCACUAUGGCCUUUGCCAUGCGCCAGUACUACUUGAAAGAAAAGAACACAGAUGUAAAUUUCACGCCAGAGAAUAUCCACACGUACAAUGAAACCGCCAGAAUAUCCUUUAAAUUUGCUGUGAUGGAUCCAACCAAAACAGGCACAGUUAUUCCAAAGGCAGAAGUAGAGAAUGCUAUCUGGCAGGAGAGAGAUCGCAUCAAUGGUGCAUUUCUACUAAGUGACGAAACUCUGGAAUUUGUUGGUCUGAUGGCAACAUUAGCACCACCAAAAGAGGAAAAAAUCACAAUUUGGCUGGUGGUGUUUGGGGUAGUAAUGGGAGUGACUGUCCUUGCGGGGAUCUACCUCGUUACCACAGGGAUAUUAAAUAGGAAGAAGGAAAGCUAAGAAGGCUAAGGAGGCCUCAGUUGAGAACCCAUACGAUGGAUCAGAUGAUGGUGAAGUGAACAAAGCCUUUGAGGAAGACAUUGAACAAACAGGACUGUAAACAAAUAUGCUUUCAGAAAAAAAAAAUCAGAAAGGUUCCACAUCAUUGCAUGAUUUUGUUUUUUAAAACAAUGAACAGACGUCUUUUUCGUGUGUCUUUACAAAUAUUUAUUUGAAUGCAUGAUAUAGGAAAGAUAUAUAGUAUGAACACAUAAUAAUAAGAUACAAUUACUGUAACUAUGAAAAUAGAAAUUGCAAGCUUAUACAUACGGUACCAAUGUAAAUAGGGGUUAAUAUUGUAAAGCAGUUAUAUGUUUUUCUAAGAGGUUUGAUUAAAUACUACAACAAUAUAACCAGUGUUUCCUACAUUAUAAUUAAAAGUAGCUCAAUGUAAUAGUGUGAAAGGAAACAGUGACACCUUCUAAAUAAAAUCCUAAAUAUGACUUAA